GCUAUACUAAUGGGAGAGGUUGUGACGCUGCAGAAAAGGAACGACGCCAAAGACUUACUCUUACUCUAUUGAUCUUCUUUACGUCUUUUGAGGCAGUUGGUGGAAGAUUUGUCCUAUUCCAGAUGCCUGGUGCGGCGCGCGGCGCUCCAGACGUCAUCGACGUCAUGAGAGGCGAUUCGGCGUCCCCAGGAGUGGGAUAUCGCCGCCCCCAGCGCAAGAGGGUGAAAACGACAAGGGCGAUAGAAUCGAUACAGCAACAAAACGAUAUGGACUAGGAGGAAGAAAACAGUAGCGAAAGGAUGUUGAGAAACCACAAAACCCGUACAAUUCGGGCCGCAGCGGCCGAGAGCGUAGGAGAGGGAAUCCAGGACCAGGAGCAACCCGCGGACUGCAACUUCGACAACAAAUUGGAUAUCAUCAAGAAAGAAUUUCAGCUUUAAUUCGAAAAGCUCAGGGAUCAUAUGGUAGAAUAAAUGGCCAGAAUGACGGCCCAAUUGACCGAAGAACUAUCGCAGGCGCAAGAGCAACUUACCCAAGCCCGCCGCAAGCUCGAGGACACUAGACUGCAGCUCCACGCUAUGAACGAGGCUCAGGAGGCCCCCCUAACUCGGCCUACAUACGCAGACGUCGCCCGAUAUACACCUCCUACCAGCGCUCCUAGUCUGGCAUCCUCCGGAAGUCGGACGACGACGCCAGAGCCAGUAUUCUGUACGGUAGACGUGACUAAGGUACUAGAGGAAUAUAUCGAAGAGGCUACACCGGUGGCCUUUCGCAAGCUUAUCGAGAACGAGAUGCAAGUGCCGGGAGACCAACCCAAAUGGCGGUGCCUUGCCGUCACCAGAGACAGAGGAAACAUCAACCGCCUUAGAGUCAUCGGCAGGAACGAAGUGGAAGUAAAGAAAAUCAAGGAUAUCAUUGAAGCGAAGAAGGCGCCGGGUGCAUAGGUUCUACAGGACCAGCUAUACCCAGUCAAAGUUGACAACGUCAACCGUACGGCGGUUCUCGACCCCGAAGGCAAGGUCCUCCCAGGAGCUACGGAAACCCUAGGCCGAGAGAACGAUGUGCAAGUCGCUAAGUUGGCUUGGUUAAGCCAGAGGGAUACUGCAAAAGCGUAUGGAUCGAUGGUGGUAUAUAUCACCAAAGCUGGCGACGCUAAGAGGCUUAUCAAUAAGGGCUUCUUCUACACAAGAGGCGAAUCGGGAUAUAUAGGGGUCUUCGAACAUCGGACACGGCCGGACCAGUGCUAUAACUGCCAGCAGGUCGGCUAUAAAGCUUUUUAGUGUAGGAACCCUUAGGUAUAUAGAAGGUGCACCAACGAGGGCCACCGUUAUAGCGAGUGCUCAGCGGCUAUACCAAAGUACGCCCUGUAUAAAGGACCCCGCAAAUUGUUCAG